AUGACAUUAAGUUUAUUACAAGUUAAGGAUAGUUAUUUCAAUAAGAUAUUCUCACCAUCAACAACAACCAAUGCAAAGCUGAAUACUGCCGGUGGCACAUUAACAUCAAAUGUCAAAGCUAAGGUAUUAUUACUUGAUAAACAUACAACCCUGAUUAUAUCAAUGUGUUUUACUCAAUCUCAAUUAUUAGCCAAUGAUAUCAUCUUAAUUGAAUUAAUAGAAUCACAACUGCAAUUGGCUACCAUGAAACACCUUAAUUGUAUUGUUUAUAUUCAUCCAUGUAAAGAAUCAAUUCAAUAUUUAAAUUCAGAAUUACAUUCACCACAUUUUGGUAAAUAUCAAUUAUAUUUAAAUAAUUGUAUUUCAAAGAAUCAAAUAGAAUCAAUUGCUGAAGCUGAUGAAUUUGAAGUUAUUGAGAAAGUAAUGGAAAUCUUUCAAGAUUAUUUAAUUGUUAAUGAUAAUUUAUAUUUGAUUGAAAAGCCAAUAACUGGAAUAUUAAAAAUUAAUCCUGCAAUUGAAGAAUCUAAUAGAUUAAUUAGUUUGUUGUUAUCAUUAAAGAAAACUCCAAUUAUCAAAUAUGAAUCGAAUUCACUUGAUUUGAAACGAUUAAGUUCUGAGAUUUUGUAUAAUAUCAAUUCCAAUUCAAAUAAUAAUUUAUUUGAUGAUUUGAAUAGGAAUUCAGAUGUUGCUCCAAUAUUAUUAUUAUUAGAUCGGAAAAAUGAUCCAAUCACUCCAUUACUUUCCCCAUGGACUUAUCAAUCAAUGAUACAUGAAUUUGUCGGUAUAUCCAAGAAUAUUGUUCAAUUACCAGAUACAAAGGAACAAAUUAUUUUAUCAGAAGAACUGGAUAAAUUUUAUCGUGAAGCAAUGUAUUUAAAUUAUGGAGAUUUAACCGAAAAAUUUCAAAAAUAUGUUGAAGAAUAUAAAACUCAAACUAAACAAUCUUCUUUAGAUAAUUUAAAAACUCAAAAUUUGGUGGAAUUAAAACAAUUAUUAACUAAAUUUCCUCAAUAUAGAAAACUUUCCGAAAAUAUUUUAAAACAUUUAAAUCUAUUAUCAGAAAUUGAUAAACAAAUCCUGAAUCAAAGUCUAUGGGAAGUUGGGGAAUUACAACAAGACCUUGCUUGUGGAUCAGGUGAAUCAAAUCAUCUGGAACUUAAAUCAAAACUUAUGGAAAUCCUCGAAUCAAAUAAAACAAACACCAUCAACAAAAUCAAAUUGAUUUUAUUAUAUUCAAUCAGAUUUCAUAAUAAUCCUCAAGAAUUAUCAUUAUUUAUAUCAAAAUUAAAUAAUCCAACCUAUACGAAUCCAUUACCAACCCUGGCACAAAAUGAAUUAAUGAAAAGAUUUAAAACAUUAUUUAGUUCUGCCAUAUCUUCAACCCAUCAUAAAUCAGACAAUCAACCAGUAUUGAAGAAUAUCUUUGCCAAAAAGAAUAUUCAAAGUUUAUUUAAUCGUGAUAGCAAUAAUUCUGGAAAUGAUAAUAUUUAUUUACAAUAUACACCUAGAUUGAAUGAUAUUCUUAAUGAUUUGAUUAAUCCAAAUACUGAUUCCAGCGGUCAUCGUUCAUCAAGUCAAUUCUUAUCCACCUUGGUUCCGGAUACGGUUAGACGACAGUAUGGAAAUCUGGUUGGGAAUGGCGGUGGUGGUGAUGUACAAGAUAUAAUUAUUUAUAUAAAGGGAGGAGUAACUUAUGAAGAAGCAAGAGUGAUUCAGGAAAUUGGACAAGUGAAUAAAAAAGUUCAUUUGAUAAUUGGUGGAGAUGAUAAGAUAUUGAAUAGUAAUACUUGGAUAUCGAGUCUUUAUGAAUUAGUUAGUCAUGAAAGUGAUGAUGAUGAAGGAGAUGGGUUAAGAAUUGAUAGACAAGCACAAUUACGGGAGAUUUUAUAG